UUGUGUGUAGCUAUAAAUUCUUCAACUUAGUGAGACUUUCUUUUUCUCAAGUCUUCUCCUAAUAAUAGCAUUCCAGAGAGAAAAAAAGAGAAAAAGAAAGGGAAAGGCAAGAAAAAAGAAAGAGAGAGAGAGAAAGAAAUGGAGAUCAAUGAACAAGAUUUCUUAGAGGAAUUAUUAGCUCUAAGAAGAGACAGUUGGGACACAAUUCCAACAGAAAUGAAUGAGAUUUUCCCUAGUGGAUGGAACUUUGAUUGCUUUGAUGAGAACCCUUCAGCAGCUAGCUUUCUUCCAAAUUCUUUGUGCCAAGAAUUCUCAGUGCCUUUUGAGCAAGAUUUCAAUUACAACAUCAAUGAAGUCUACAGUCCAUUUGCUGAUGAAUUCUCUGCACCACAAGUAACAGAUUCAUCAAACAACACAUUUGAUACAUCACAAUUCCCAGUUCAAGAAGAUCACUCGUUGAAUAUGGCGGAAGAGGAAGAAUCAAGCUUCCUUAUAGAUGAACUUCACAAGUUGAAUGUCCAAGCUACUUGCAAAGCUGAGCCUAUUCAAUCACCUGAAGCACCAGUUUUCAACAUUGGAACCAGUAUAAGCCGCAAGAAUCGAGCUAAGAAGUUGGAGGGGCAGCCUUCAAAGAAUCUAAUGGCAGAAAGAAGGAGAAGAAAACGGCUAAAUGACCGCCUUUCGAUGUUAAGAUCAAUUGUUCCCAAGAUAAGCAAGAUGGACAGGACAUCCAUACUUGGAGACACUAUAGAUUACAUGAAAGAGCUCCUGGAGAGGAUCAACAGUUUGCAGCAAGAAAUUAAAGCAGAUUCAAAUGAGUUAAACAUGGCUCACAUUUUCAAGGAUGUAAAACCAAAUGAAAUCUUAGUGAGAAAUACACCAAAGUUUGAGGUGGAAAGAAGAAAUGUGGAUACCAGGAUUGAGAUUUGUUGCACAGGGAAACCAGGAUUGUUGUUAUCAACUGUAACAACCUUGGAAACCUUAGGCCUCGAGAUUCAACAAUGUGUUAUCAGCUGUUUCAAUGAUUUUGCAAUGCAAGCAUCUUGCUUAGAGGACAUGGAACAGAGAACAUUAACAAGUUCUGAAGACAUAAAACAGGCAUUAUUUAGAAGUGCUGGCUAUGGAGGAAGAUGUUUGUAGGAACAAAAACUAAAGGACUGCAACAGAAGCAACUUCUGGUGAAUUUUUAUAUGUUUCCAAAUUCUCUGUUGUUUCAAUGAGCUUUUCAAGUGAGGGAUUGUUAGUAAUUUUUUACUUUAAGUGAUAAUUUGCCCAUAGUGCAUGGUCUGUUGGUAGAACACUGCACUCUUAGUUAAAGUGAUCAGGCUUCAAGUAUAAAAAAAAAAAAAAAGUGAAAUUCUAGUCAUCAGCUUUGUAAUAACUGUUUCAAUUGGAGAUGUUUAUUAAUGCAAAUGGCCUCAGAAAUUGGGCCUUCUAAUAAUAAAUUUAGAAUUUGUUAAUCGUUUGAGAAAGAAAUACUAUGUUACAUAAUGGAAAAGGCAAGUACUUUUCCCUUUUUGUUUUUCCCCAUCAUCUUAUAUUCAGCAGGUAGGAGAAGGACAGUGAAUUUAUGCAGUUAAAACUACCUUUUUGGCUUUUUAUCUCAGAACAAGUAUCUGACAGUUCCAUUUGCAAGAUAUCAACUCAAUUCUACAGAAGUGCAAAUGGAAAACAUAAGCGCAAGCACAAAUGUACAAGGAAUCUUGUGGAUUUUUAAUCAAAAGAUUUAAGCAGAUAACUGAUGCAACAAAAGGUGAAAGCAUUUUUGACAAAGGAGGUCACCCACAGUAAAAAAGUUCAUCUGCAGUAAAUUACAAAGCUAGAACAAUAUCUAGCAAGUUUAGCAUGCUUUCGAGCAAAAAUACAACAUAAACAUUACAAUACUAUAGCUAAA